AACGUUUUGUGGUGAAUUUUCCUGAAUCUUGAAAUAUUUUCGUAAUCUUUUAUGAUAUAGUGACUGUGAAUUAAAUAAUAAAAUGUUCGAGCGUUACUCAAAUCACUUUAUAUCGUAUUUCAGGUCGCUAAAUCGCAAUAAACCAUGGCUGAUGUUGAUGUUGAGGUACCCGCGAACCCCGUCCUGAGCGGUGGCGCUAUGGACGUGAACACAGCCCUGCAGGAGGUCCUCAAGACCGCCCUCAUCCACGGAGGACUCGUCCAUGGGCUCCACGAAUCUGCCAAAGUCCUUGACAAGAGGCAAGCAGUGCUGUGCGUGCUGGCUGAGAACUGCGACGAGGCUGCAUACAAGAAGCUGGUGCAGGCCCUCUGCAACGAGCACCAGAUCCCACUCGUCAAGGUGGACAACAACAAGAAGCUCGGUGAAUGGGCCGGUCUGUGCAAGAUCGACAAGGACGGCAAGGCCAGGAAGAUCGUCGGAUGCUCGUGCGUCGUCAUCAAGGACUUCGGUGAGGAGACCCCAGCGCUAGAUGUCCUGAAAGACUACCUGAAGUCUUCGACAUAAUUCCUAGGUGUACGGUCUUAAGUUAAAAUCAAUAAAAGCCCAAAAAAAUUGACAA